AUGGCGUCUGACCAUACUGUAACAUGGUUUUGGAAAUCAAAUACUAAUCCUUGGUUAGCAGGUGAAGCAGAAAAAUGGACACCGUACCCAGAGUCCAUCAGUAAUUGGAUAGAAAGAGGAUAUAAAGAACAAAAAUCCGAAGUUAUUAUUGAUAGGUAUCACAAAAUUGAUAUUGGUAGAAGACUGCAAAUAGAUAGCGAUGAUCUCAAUAAGCAACGUCCUAUUCGUCGAUGCUCAAAGAAUGAAAUCACUGACGAUGAAAUAGCAUAUCGACGCGAAAGGUUCACAUUUUUUCACCCAAUUAGACGAUCUAUUAUCGAUGAUACUCCGUACUUUGGCUCCAGAUUUAUUACUGAUUGGUUAAUCUCAUUUACUAACGGUACGUUAAAAAUUACUGCAUCCAGUAUUCUUAAUGCACUGAUCGAUGGUAUUACAUUCGAGGGAAGAAUACUUGGUCACUUCUCUGAUGUGCAGCAUCUAGUCGCCGAGAUAAAAAAGGAGGAUAAUUAUAAAAAGAUGAGCAAGCUGCAGCAAUGCUGUGCUCGACUAUACACAAAACCUUGUUUUCUUUUCAAAAUUGUUAAUGAAACUUUACGUGAUAAUGAUCGAACAAAACUGACCACUCUUGGUCCGUUUUGUUAUUUGGUCUAUAAUUACAUUGGUAUUCGACACAACAAAUAUCCUUCGAUACGAAAUCGAUUAAAACAAUUAAUGAAAGUUAAAACGCAUACUACGUCAAUUGUUGUUUAUCGUGGUGAAACACUGCCACUCGAUUCGAUUGAAACGUAUCGUCAAGCGGUCGGAAAAGGUUAUUAUUACAAAUGGUCAUCAUUCGUUUCGACAUCAAAGUCACUUGAGGUUGCUGAAUUUUUCGGAACCAAUGUUCUAUACAUAAUUGAAAUAGAACGAUGUCCGUCAAAUGAUCAAUAUGUUGAUCUGUCAAGAAUUGCGUACAUGCAGGAUGAAGAAGAAAUCUUACUAUGUCCAGGAGUAAGGUUUAAGAUUGAAAGUGCUGCUUAUGACUCGACUAUUGAACGAUAUCUGUUUCAUAUUCAGAUUGUACCAUCGUAUAUAUCAAACAUUAUGUAA